UGUGCCUUCAAAAUAAAAGAGAAGAAAUAAAAGGACAUUUGUACAUUAAUUAAUAUACAUAAAUACAAAGAAACAAUAUAAUUAAAAAAAAUAAAAAUUAACAACAAAAAAAAAACAAUAAUUAAGAAUGACCGAUUGCAAUAACUCUGCCGAAAGAUGUGUUUUAUGUUUGGAUCAAAAACGUUCCCCAGUGCGUAUACAUUGUGGCCAUUCUUUCUGCUUUGGCUGUUUGGAUGUUUACAAAUCAUACAGGAAAUAUCCCUGGGCAAAUAAAUGUCCCAUCUGCAGAGAUGUGUUGAAGGAAAAGCGAACGACCAAACGCAAAUAUUCUGAAAUUAAUGUGGGCCCUGAAAGUACUAAUAAUAAUAACUUAAGGACGGAAAUUGAAAAUAAUUCAGGGCUAACAUCAACUCACUCUGUAACUUCCCAGCAAACUAAUAUAUUGGAAGAAUUUAUGGCAUUGGCGGCUGACUACGAUUAUAGUGGAGAAGCUGAGUAUAGUAUGGAAGAUUUAAGCCAGGAUAAUGAAGAUUAUGAACACAAUGAUUUUGGAAAUGAUAGUUAUGAAGAAGAGUUAAAUUAUUAUACAGACACUGAUGAUGAUGACGAUGAUAAUUACUAUUAUUUUAACAAUCAAGAGGAUUAUGAUUUACCCUCGCGAAACAGUGAACAUUUGCCGGAUGACUCCUAUCAACAUUAUGAUGAGGAUAUUGAAGUUAUAAAUGAUGAUAAUGAUGAAGAAGUUUCUUAUCAAUCUGAGAGCCUGAUGUCUAGAGAUUGGCAGAGUAAUAGUUUAAAUCGUGUUAAUUCUGAAAUUGAUUGGGAAACUGUUAUUGCAAAUGAGGUCAUCAUUAUUGAUUAGUUAUUUGUUAUUUUUAAAGCG